AUGGAAGCCAACAAACAAGCAUUUAAGAAAACUGAGCCAUUAUCUGUGGUUGUCGAAAGACUGAAGGCGAUGACUGGAGAAUCGUCAAAUAACGCAGAGUUUGCAAUAACUGAAACACGAGCAGUACCCAACGAAUUUUUGUUACAGUAUCCUCGAGGAGCGUAUACAUCGGCGCGUACUGUCAACAGAACAGCUAUCAUGGAUCUUCAAGGACACAUAAAUCGCACGUGUGAUUCCUUGAAGUUGAUGAAAUUUAAAAAUUCAGGAAGUUUACCUGUUGAGGGAAAUAAAGGUGAAUCUAACAAUGUCUCAGAAGAGAAUAUUGAAGAAACGGAACCGAAUUAUGUUACACGGGAAAUGGUAGCCUAUAGGAAUCCAGAGGUGUUUAAAGAAUUAGUUAUUCCCUUGUUGAAAAUUGGAUUAACAAAAUAUUUUGAGAUUGAAGAAGAAACAACAUGGCACAUUAAAGGCGUUAGUGAGGUCAAAAUCACAUUGAUUGUGUGUUAUUCUUUCAAAGAAUCACGUCCUAUAUUGGCAGCUCAUUUUACACCUUUACAUGCACCUAGUUCGUCCAAAUGCAGGGUGGAGAUUUAUGGGGAACCCAGAAAACUAGCCGAAGUAAAAGAUUCUCAAUGGAUUCGGGAUCGUAAAGAUCUUGAGGUCUCAAUGCGACCUGGUUUCAACGAAAUUUUACUUUCCGAUUCUAAUACCCAUAAUAUUUACGAAGGUUUAAGUUCAAACUUUUUUGUUGUAACGUAUAACCCUGAUACACGUCUACCAAUAGUUAUUACAGCUCCAUUACAUUCCGUACUCGAGGGAACUAUUAGAAAAAUUGUCAUAAUGAUUUGCGAAAGGGAUGAAAUUGAUUUAAAGUUUUGGUUUCCAAACAUAGAUGAUGUGGUUCAGUGGGAAGGAGCUUUUAUCACCAGCACAUCAAGAUUGGUACUUCCAAUCGAACUUGUUCACUUUCGUGAUGGGAGACCGCCUAUUAAAAUACCAACAGACAACAAAGUUGUCGAGCAUAUCAAGAAAGAAGUUGAAAAAGAAAUUUUAAAUAGAGCCUACCCCAUUAUGUAA